CGGCAAUCGAUCUCAAGUUGCUUGUUGACAACUUCCACCACUGCCGCCAUGUCUCAAGCACCACGCGAUCCACUCACGGCGCGCACGCUAUUUAUCAAGAAUCUCAACUUCAACAUCACCGGCGCGGACCUGUAUGACCUCUUUGGAAAGUACGGCCCGAUCCGACAGGUGCGCGUGGGCACAUCUUCCGAUCUCAAGACCAAGGGCACGGCUUAUGUUGUGUUCGAGAGCCCUGAUGACGCCAAGGAAGCCAUCAACCAUCUGAACGGUUUCCACCUCAUGGAGCGGUAUAUUGUCGUUUUGUAUCACCAGCCAUCAAAACAACAAGCUUCGCAGCUUGCCAAGGCCGAAAUCCGCGCGCGCGAGCAGGAGCUUGCGGCUGAGAAGAUCCGCCUGGGUAUGACGUAGAACAGAUAUUCACUGGAACAUAGGGCAGCAAGAUAGACUGGCAUCAUGUAUUAGUAGGCAUCACAGAUCCCAGAGCUCGUCGUGCUUCCUGAUAUGCGCAAUCAAGCCAUGCAAGACUCAUAGUGCCUCCAA